AUGGCUCUGUCGACACUGUUUGUGAGUGUCAAACUCUGUUGGACUGUCUCCACAUACCGUUGGUCUCAAAUGCAGCCGAACAUGGAUGUUUUUGGUGAGGGUCUCGGUCCGGAUACGUACCCGAUAGAAGCAAAACGCGGGGUUGGGCGAGGAUGGAAUCAUGAAUGGAGACAAAUUGCGUUUGGCCACAAAAUCAUGAUCGAAUCAGGUGAUAUGAUGUGGAUGUUUAGAGUAGAAUAA